GUCGUGGCCAAGUAACUAAAGUGCGGUGAAUUCCAAGCCGUCACCAACUCUCGCUACGUCACACCAUAGCCAACCCCGACCAGGCUGCUACCUACUCUAUCCUCCCCCAACCUUCCACCAUCCCUCCACAUCACCUGCAUCCCACAUACACACAUCCACACAACAUUUCACCACUGGCCACUGCGCAAUGUCAUCCACAUCGCCCCUACGACGCGCCUCGCGCAAAAUUCCUACAAAGCUGAAGCCUGUACUGGCGGUCGUGCUGAACUUGGGCCUCUCCACGCUGCUCGGAUAUCUCGCGUCGCCAUGGAUCAGCGGCGAUCUCGCGGCCGUGGAUAGGCCCAUCAAGACGCUGGCCGAUUACUCGAGCCUGGUGUCAUGGCGCAUCGUGGAGAUCCUUGGGUAUUGGAUUGGCGGAUGGGAUGCGACUCAAGCCGCGUCCCUGAGCAUGCUCUCUCUCGCACCCGGACUCCACUACUUCCACACCUACCACCCCACGCACUCGCCGCUGGUUCCGACCCUCGCCGUCAGCACGUUGAUCGACGUCCUCUCCGUGUAUCUCCCGAUGCGUUUCCUGCGCCCCGACAACAACGCACGGUCCUCUGCGGCCGACUCGGCACGCAUCACGGCCGCACUCCUCACCUCCGUGAUCUACCAAUUGAUCCUGCAAGUUGCUUCCAAGAAGUUCCUCACCUCAUGGCUCCUCACUUCUGGCUGGGAGCUGGAGAGCGUUGCGAGCGUGCACUUGGUCACCGAGGCGCUGAUGUUGACGCGUGCGGUCAUGAUGCUGCCGGUUGGGUGGGCAGUCACGGAGGUGUUCAGUGGCGGGGAGAACAAGCAAAUUAAGGAAGAAGGGAUUGAGGAGGAUGCCGGGGGCCUGCUGAACUGGGUUGCCAAGAUGUGGAUGGAGAAUUUGAGCCCGAAGACGAGGAAGAUUAUUAAGAGGACGGCACUGGUUGCGGCGUAUCAAUCUGCGGGCGCGACUGCAGGUGUUGCGGCGACAGUUAAGGGCGGUGACUUGGUAGGUGCGGCGGGGCUGAGUGGGGUUUGGGUUGUCGCCACAGCGGUUGUGGGGAUAGUUUUGGGGUGGGUUGGUGAUUUCUAGGUGGGAGAGAGGGGUGGAGAUGGAAUGGGCGUUUCUCGGGGGUGGAGCCGUAGGAUUGGGCUGGGGGUUGAUGGUUAUUGAGUUCUAACGUUAUUUUCAUGUCUGAUUUUGUUCUUUGACAGCUAC